AUGGAUGGCUAUUUGCAGCCACCUCCGCCCAGUUACCCAUCUCAACGCCUACCUUCGAUGUUCACUCGCGAGCCUGUCCCACCAAAUCAUCAUGAUGAGGCUCUGAUUUCUUACAACCAUAUGGGUACUGAGCAUCUGAACAGACCUAUGACCGGGAUUUAUGGCUCCCAACCUUUCCCUUCAGUUGAAGUUUCUCCCGAAAGUUUUAAUCCAACACCUUAUGAUCACUUCCGUUCUGCUUCACAAUCACCUCAUUAUAGUCCUCACUACGGCCAGCCUCACUCUCACAAUGCCCCCUUGUUGAUGUCACCCCCACCACAACCUCAACUACGUGGCCGUGUUAUAGAACAGCAGUGUGGAAUCAUUGCCGCACCCCUAGCCUCGACUGCCCCGGUUAAUCCUCAACGUACUCAAAUUAGUAAACCUGCGAACACACCACGUGAUACUCCUCUUGACUCCUCUGAUUCAAAGUGUGAAGAAGUGCAUCGUAUCUGGUCCAAGCAAAAGAAUGAUCUUGGUCAUUCAGCUUUCGAUAUACUGGUACAGUGGGUUCUUGAGCCAGGGAACUACAAUAGAUGGCGAGUCAAAGGCUCUAAGAAAAGCGAUAUUUGCGAGGAGAUCCAUCAAAUCCUCAUUAAAAAUGGGAUAUUCGGGAGGAACGCUAGCGGUGUGUACCAACAGAUCCACUUUUUGGAGAAAAGAUUUCGAGCUGCUCGCGACGAGACAAAGAAGACCGGUGGCGGGUUCAACGGGUUCCCAGGCGAGAGGCAGUUUUCUGAAAAAAUCGAAGCGAUAUGCCCCCACUUCUACGAUUUGCAACCUGUCAUGGGUGAUCGCCCUUCGGCGAUGCCUCUGGAUCAGAUCGAGUCUUUAAGUGAUUUGGACACAGACACCUGUAUGAAGGCUCUUCGUCUCACCAGCUCACAGGCAAGUACCUCACAAGGACACGAAGAUAUCAUCGACCUCGAGGACGAUAACUUCACCUCCGAAGUUAUAGAUACCGAUGAAUCCUUUGAGUUACCACCUCCGAUCAACCACCCUGCACUGAUGCAAGCGAUCAACCAGGCCGACCACCCCAGCAAGACCAAGAGAGGCAAGCACUUCCGAGACUCUUCGGUUGGAAGUCAAGAUGAUAUAUCCAACUCUCCAGCCCACCCUUCUAGUUCUAAAAAGGCCCGUGGACUGGCAGGUGGUACAUUUUUAAAAGCAAUAGGCUUUGAUGACAAGCCUGACACCAGCCUAAAUAAUCGAAAAGCUGCCUCGGUUUCUGAGGAGCUGAAGCGAUUCCAAGAUAACAACUCAAAACAACGCGACCGAGCUCUAGACCUACAUAGAGAGGCAAUUCAAGGUCAGGUUUCCAUUGGGGAAUCUAUUGGUGGUGCGAUGAAUGAGAUGACUGGCGUCCUGAAACUUAUAGUGAAUCCCCCAAAGGAUAAAAUCACUCAAGAGCUAGAUGACUUGAGACUCCUCAGAGAAAGAUCUGACUAUGAGUAUCGCCUGGCAAAGCAAAGGUCUGAAAUGAUGGACCUUGAACUCAAACGAAAAGCAAAAUUAAUCGAACGCUUUGAAAAAGCUGGCAAAUCCUUCAGCGAAGCAAACCAAAGAGCCGAUCAAAUGAUCGAAGAACAGAAAAAAAGAAUGGCUGAAGAGGCUCAGAAGAAUUAG